GUUUUGAAGUUGUGAGUUGAGAGGAUCGUGAGAGGGGCAGUAGCCGAGAUUCCGUGAGUUGCAAAAAUGAAGACGAUUCUUUCCACCGAGACCAUGAACAUCCCGGACGGCGUGAGCAUCAAAGUUCAUGCCAAGGUCAUCGAAGUUGAGGGCCCCCGCGGAAAAUUGGUGCGAGACUUCAAGCAUUUGAAUCUCGAUUUUCAGCUCAUUACUGACGAAAACGGUAAAAGAAAGCUGAAAAUUGACGCGUGGUUUGGUUCUCGGAAAACAUCCGCCGCCAUUCGCACCGCCUUGAGCCACGUGGAGAAUCUUAUCACCGGCGUCACCAAGGGCUACCGCUACAAAAUGAGGUUCGUUUAUGCCCAUUUUCCCAUCAACGCAAGCAUCGGCAACAGCAACAAGUCUAUUGAGAUCCGAAAUUUCCUUGGCGAGAAGAAGGUGAGGAAAGUCGACAUGCUUGAUGGCGUGUCCGUUGUUCGAUCUGAAAAAGUUAAAGAUGAGUUGAUUUUGGAUGGAAACGACAUUGAACUUGUUUCUAGGUCCUGUGCUCUCAUUAACCAGAAAUGCCAUGUUAAAAACAAGGAUAUCAGGAAAUUUCUGGAUGGUAUUUAUGUUAGUGAGAAGGGAACAAUACUGGAAGAGUAGAUGUUGAAAACAACGAGUACCUUGAUGGUUUAGUUUGGGGACCUUUUUUGUUAACUCGUUCAGAUUGGAUUUUACAAUUUUGUGUUGUCAAACUUUUUCUUAUGGGAAUAUUUUUUUUGAAAUCGUUACUUCUAUAUGCUUUGGUGUUGACUAUUCUCUGGAAUUAGUAAUCUAUCUUGCAUUUCUGUCUC